UGAAUCUGAUCUACAUAUAAAUGGCUUCCUUCACUUCUCGUCAUCAACUCAAACCCGCCGUCUUCCCGCCAUUACUACUCUUACUUAAUCUUACCAUAACACCAUGCAUUGUUCACAGCCAAGCAGCAGUUCCUCCACUGUUUCCGGCCGCCAUCCCGUCUAUCGAGGAGUGAGGCAGAGAAGUAGCGGAAAAUGGGUGUCUGAAAUCAGAGAGCCUAGAAAACCAAAUCGAAUUUGGUUAGGAACAUUUCCGUCCCCGGAAAUGGCGGCUGUGGCUUAUGAUGUUGCAGCUUUAGCACUCAAAGGUAGAGAUGCUGAACUCAAUUUUCCAAACUCAGCUUCGACUCUUCCUGUUCCUGCUUCUAGCUCGGCCCGUGAUAUUCAAGCUGCGGCGGCUUCUGCUGCUGCUGCUAUCGGAGCUGCUCGGGAUGCUUUACGUAUUGGAAAUGAUAGUAUUAAUCAAGCAGUGGUGGUUCAAGAGAGUAGCAGCUAUAGGCCAAUGGUGAAUGAAUUUGUGGAUGAUGAUUUGAUAUUUGACAUGCCUAAUAUUUUAGCUAAUAUGGCUGAAGGAAUGCUUCUCAGCCCUCCUCGCUACGACAUUGCUUCUGUUGAUGAUGAUGAAAAUUCCGGAGAUCAAAACCUCUGGAAAUUUAAUUAA